GCCAUGGUCCAGGAAAUAACAAGUGCGAGGGUAGACAAUGAAAAUGGUGCGAAUGUGGCGCUGGUCGUGGGAUCGUAUAUGGAGAACAUCUCAGCACAUGGAAUUCCAAACAUAAAGCGCACCCAGAGCCCGAUCAGACGUCUGCUGUGGGUGUGCGCCUUUCUAGCAUCAUUUUCUAUGUGCGUAUGGCAGGUUAAAUCACUCAUCUACGCCUUCCUUGAUCGGCAAGUUACUACCAAUGUGGACAUCAAAAGCGUAACUGUUCUCAGUUUUCCGGCCGUCACUAUUUGCAACUUGAAUAACAUGCGACGUUCUUAUAUGGAAAAACAAGACGAAUUGGUCGAGGAAUUUCAGAAUGCAGAAGGCACACAAAGUAACCAGUUCCAGCUGUGGGAAGAUGCAAAUCUUGACAUUCGAGAAGAUUUUCUUUACUUGAUCGACAAAGUGACAGAAUUCGUGGCAGCCAUACCGUAUGAUGACAGGGUGAUCACUGGUCACAAUAUUUCUGAUGCAUUAUUGUCGUGCUCUUUCAAUGGAUACCCAUGCCUGCCUAGUAAUCUCACCUAUACAUACAAUUACUUGUACGGUAAUUGUUAUACUUUCAAUGAUGGAACGCACCCUCCAAUUCAGAACACGACCAAUGCUGGCCCUCUAUAUGAUGGGUGGACAUUCUAUUUGCGCAAGACCCUCCCGGAGUCCCCUCUAGUUCGACUUCCUGGACCCGCCACAGUUGGAGUAGCAUUCCUGGGCUACUAUAGAAGGAUUGAAUAUCGACGGUUGGCGGCCCCAUUUCAUUCAAAAUGCUUAGAAAGGGACGUCCAAACUAUAUUCAGCAAUGAGUUUUCAGGCAUCUCUUACAGCAAGCGGGCCUGUAUGAAAGACUGCAUGUAUAGGGAAACAUUUGAAAACUGUGGCUGUUAUGAUCCUAAGUACGUUUUCUCUCCGGAAACAACACCGAUUUGCACAGUUGAAGAUGAAAAUCAAGUGAGGUGUAUGGAGGCAGUUGAAAAUCAGAUUAUAAUAGGAAAUAUCACCUGCAGAUGUGGACCGGCAUGCUCAGAGAUUUUAUAUAAAACCAGCAUAUCCUCAACAAUGUGGCCAGGAAAUGACUAUAUGAGCAGUGUUGUGGAAAAAUUUAAGCACACCCCUGAUUUACAAAGGUCUGCUGUUGAGGAGGACGACGACGAGGAAACCAAAUAUUACAUAAAAACCAACUUUGCCAAAGUGAACAUUUACUACGAAAACCUACAGUAUGAUUAUAUCGAACAGGUACCAACGUACACUUUUUUAUCAUUGGUAAGUAAUGUUGGCGGACACCUUGGCCUGUGGAUCGGCAUGUCAGCUCUAACAAUAUUAGAGUUUCUAGAAUGCUUCUACGACAUUGUGAAGCACGUAUGCGCAGCACUGAUUCGACGGAGAAAGGUAAACCAAAUGAAAAAGAGAAAUACUGUUAAUGUGCGUCCAUCACGUAAUGCUUUUCAGAACGAUGCUUUUUCUCAAAAAUAAUUAGGAAGACAGGUAUUAGCUAUUUGUCAGAAGUGACUUACAUUGGAAUAGAACGGUACGGUGUAUAGAGGGCGCCCAUCGUACAGCAGUGAGUGUCGCUAAACCAAGUUCUACGAUCCUCUGGAGCACGUGCCUCGUCACCUCGUAGUCUAAUUUUUUUAAUUCACUGACAAGUUAGACAGAAGUUAUAGUCAGCAUAUCAAUUGCCAAUAUAUUAUAAUAUUGUUGGGAAACUAGGCAAGUAAAUUUCGUAUGAAUUACAGUAGACACAAUUGUUUGUAGGAGCACAAUAUGAACAAUAUAUUGACAAUUUCAUUCAGAAAGAUUGGCAGUUAGACCUACGCUGCUUCGAUGUGUUUACAGUGAUGAAUAUUGCCAAAUGUUUUGCUGUUUAACAGUAUAAAGACAGUGCUUCAAUCAUCAUUUAUGGGCAUUAUUUAUAUUCAAUUUUUCGAUCAUCAAUGAAAAGAACAUUUUAUAAAUGUAUAAAUAUAGAUUUCCGUAGAGUUAAUUACGGAAUUUAGGU